AUGGAAGGGGAUGAACUGAUUUUUUUCGAAGAAAAACUAGAUAGAAAAUUAACUAGUAGAAGUUGGUGUAAUUGUUUUCCUGAUGCGAAAGGUUCGGCUUGUAGAGAGCUUAUUGUGAAAAGCUGGUCGAAUUAUAGCCACUUGGGCUUAAUUGAUAGACUUCCUUUUUGUGCUAAAGUGCUUUUGAGGUGGGGUUCUGAAUUUCGUCAGAAGUACAAAAGGGAAUUAGCAGAUUGCUUAUGCUCUAUGAGGAUCCUACGUGGAUCCAGUGCACAAGAGGAUAUCCAAAUGUUUCAUCAAGCUAAGUCGCGAUAUCAUGAACUUCUUUACUAUCGUGAAAUGCAUUGGCAACAGAGAGCAAAAGAGUUCUGGUUGAGGGAUGGGGAUCAGAACACUAGGUUCUUCCAUAUUGCAGCUAUCGCUAGAUAA